AUGGCAACAUCAUCGACGGAGGUAGUGAUCGGCGGCAGAGAAAAGGAGGAGAAGGGAAAGAAGAAAAGACCAAAUGAAACGAGGUGGAGUGGAGAGGUGGCGAAAAGUGUUGUGUAUGGAGGACUGGACGCCAUUGUCACAUGUUUCUCUCUCAUUGCUUCUAUUUCCGCUACCCGCCACACUGCUGUGGACGUGUUGGUGCUGGGAUUUGCAAACUUAAUAGCGGAUGGGAUAUCAAUGGGGUUUGGAGAUUAUGUGGCCACCACCACUGAGAGGACUAUUUCUGCCGAGGAGAGAGCCGCGACGGAAUGGGAUGUGGACAAUCUCCCUCAACAUCACCGCGACCUCCUCCUCCAACACUACCAAUCCCUUGGAAUGGACUUUCACGAUGCUUCUACAGUUGUGAACAUAAUGUCGAAGUACAAACGCAUUAUGGUGGAGGAGAAGAAGGGCAUGGCGGGGCCACCGAACGAGAGCGAACACCGGCCAUGGAAGAAUGGUGUGGCGACGUUCGGGUCCUUUCUAUUGUUCGGAUGCAUCCCUUUGCUCUCCUUCAUCAUUCUCAUUCCUUUCACCGAUAACGAGUCCGUUAAGUUUGGGGGAGCUUGCAUUCUAGCCUUGCUUGCACUUGUGCUUCUAGGUAUCGCCCGAGCAAAGAUUGCUGCCACAAACUAUGGAUUCUCCAUUGCCUUAACCGUGCUAAACGGUGCCAUUGCGGCAGCAGCCGCGUACACUCUUGGAUGGGCUUUGAGGAAUGUUGGUGGAGUUGAAGACGACGACACACACAUCGAGCUUUACAAAAUUAGUGGAGUUUAA